CUAUGCGAGAAAUUGUCCUUAAUCGGCAUGUCAGAGUGUUGCGGAGACUUGGAGAUUCGGGAACAAUGCAUCGACGACCUCAGACACACUUUCACAACAGAAAAUGACGGCAAUGCUGUAUCGAUGGAAAAACGACGUAGCAUGAUCGGCAAACGACGCAGCAUGAUCGGCAAACGACGCAGCAUGAUCGGCCGAUAA